AUGGCGGCAGCGCUGAUGGAUGAACUCAUGGAGGCGAUCCUCCUCCGCAUCUCGUCGGACGACCUGGCAGGCCUCGUCCGCGCCGCCCUUGUCUGCAAGCGUUGGUGCCGCAUCAUCUCUAACCCCGGCUUCCGCCACCGAUUCCGUGAGCUCCACCCUAGGCCCGCCAUGCUUGGCUUCCUCCGGAACCAAGGAACAGUGUCCUCCUUCGUGCCCACCUCCUCCUUCCGCCCGCCACGCUGCAGGUGUUACACACAUGCCACUCGCCGCAACUUCCCCACAAUCGACGCUCGCCAUGGCCGCGUCCUCCUCCACAGCGUGUCCUGGAAGCUAGGGGAAAACCCCCUGAAGAAUCCCUUCGUGGUGUGGGACCCCAUCGCCGGUGAGCGGAGGGAGCUGCCCCUGCUGCCAUGGUCCUCCAACCCUUAUAGCUGGAACGCCGCCGUGCUCUGCGCCUCGACCGGUGCCUGCAACCACCUCGACUGCCGCCAUGGACCCUUCCUGGUGGUCCUUGUGGGCACUGACCAGGAGGGGAUGUUUGCCUGCGUCUACUCAUCGGAGGCUGCUGCGUGGAGUGAGCGGACCUCUGCACACUACCCAGGUCAUGAAAUCAUUUUGAUGCCGAGUGCCCUUGUAGGGAAUGCACUCUACUUCAUGUUUUGGUACAGCGAAAGUAUCUUGAAGUAUGAUUUGGGCACACAUGAAAUGACUGUGAUCCCAGUGCCUGUAGAGUGCUCCUUUCGACGCGUUGUCCUUAUGACUAGAGACGACGGUGAGCUGGGACUCGCCUACAUGGAGAACUUGAGAUUGUACCUGUGGUCAAUGGUGGAGUGUCCUGACGAUGAAGAGAAUGUGGAAUGGGCAGAGAGAAAAGUCAUUGAGCUUAGGACAUUACUUCCUGAUGAGGCCCUCUCAGCGGACUCACUUGAUGUAGCUGGCUUUGCGGACGGCGCUUCGGUCAUCUUUGUGCGGACAGAUGGGGGCCUUUUCACUAUUGAUCUCGAGUCCUACCGUGUCACAAGAGUUUGCGGAGAAGGUUGGUACUACGGCAAUUUCCCCUACGUGGGCUUCUGCACUCCAGCAUUGGAAGCAGCCUCUACAAUUGUGGGACCAGCAACAGGCACUUCAAACAUCUGA